AUGGGAAGACGUCUCAAUGCUAUUAAAAGAAAACUAGCCAGAGCCUUUAAAGAUCGAAGGCAUAAAACUUCUAGAUCAAGUACACCAGAACUUCGUGGAUAUUCAUCUGGAAACAGUCAAUUGACACUUCCGGCUGAUUGUCUUAUUGAUAUAUUUUCACAUUUGGAAGAUGAUCAUAAAUCACUACAAUCGUGUGUUUUAGUCAACAGGUCUUUAUCCCUCGACUGGGGUGAUAUGGAAAUCUGGAAAGCGUAUCCGCUGCUACUCUACUCGGCCGGUAUAGACACUUACCUGGCCAAAUUAAGACAAUUCUCUAUUCACUAUAUAACUGAUUGGUCAAUAUUUGGUUACUUAGCUAAAUACGCCAGAAAUAUUGAAAAUUUACAGGUUCUUGGUUAUUCUUUUAAUAUCCCUCCACAUCCUGAGGAUGAACAAAAUUUAGCAUCUUUGAUAAAAAUUCAAAAGAACUUAUUACACUUUAAGUUAUUCGGAUACGCAACAUAUCCUGUUUUAACUCUUAUUUCAUUGGGUGCUCAAGCAAAAUCUUUAAUAUCUGUGGAAAUUAGUUACAUUCAUUUUACUUCAACCACACUGCAAGAGCCAACUUUUGAGGGGUUGGCUGCAUGUAGAAAUCUUGAAGAGUUAACUAUCUUGAAUUGUUUGAAUGCCACUGAAGAAAUUUUAUCUCCAUUAGUAUGUGCUACAUUUCCAUCUCUUCGUAAAAUACAUAUAGAGUCAACAUACGGGUGGGAUAAUGUAGUAGUUUCAUUGAUUCAUAAUAAUUCUACAAAUCUAGAAGAAGUUUAUUAUAAACCAGUAGACAAUCAACAACAUCAUAUAAUGUCUCCAACAAUAAUUGAAUCAGUUGCUCAAUGUUGUCCUCGAGUAGUGCGACUUGGCGUCCCUAUAGGUACAUUACAGAUAAGUCAUUUGACUGAUAUCCUUACAUCACCAGAUUGUCAACUUCGAAGUCUUAGUAUAUUUCGAAUGGAUCGGGUAUCUUGGGAUAGUGAAGAAUUGUGGAGUGGGUUGGGUAGUUUAAUGCCGACUACAUUAAGGCAUCUUAACAUUUGGAUUUAUUUAGGGGACACACCUAUGCAAUUGUUUUUACAAAAUACUCAGGCACCUUUAGAAACUUUAUAUGUUAGAUGGUGGACUCAUUAUCUUGGAUAUGAUUAUCAAUUAGUUGGUGCUUAUUUAAAAGACAAAAAAGUGGGAAUUUCGGAAUUUUUAAGGCAUGUUAUUUAA